CCGCAGGAGAAGAGGAUCGCCCGCUACCCCUACCAGUGGACCCUGAUGGAAAGAGACCGGCGGGUGUCGGGAGUCAACAAGUACUACAUCUCCAAGGCAGGUGCCGGGGGCGCCGGGCCG